AUGCAAGCCGAACCGAAUCAGCAGGAACAGAUCGCAAUUCUCCAGAAGGCAAUGGAAACCCACAAGAGGGUCGAGCAGUUACAGGAAGAGAAUGACAAUCUCAGAAGGCAAAUUCAGGACAAACAAGAAGUUUUCGAACGUCUUUCACAACUCGCUUUAUCAUCUGCAUCACUUUUAGGAUCUGUCGAUAGCUCAUCCCCAGUUACAGAGAUGUCUUCCGUCAAAUGCCUUUCUAAACUCGAAGAAUCAUCAGCAGUUUCAGCAGAAGACGAGAAGCCAGAGGAAGAUCCUGUUAAGCUUAUUGUUGGCAAAUACCUUAAUCAUUUACUUGCUAAACUUGUCGAAUUCUCUGAGAAGAACCAAGAACAGAUUGAUAUUUUCGCACUUCAGGAAAUUGAAGAGGAAAUGGCUCAACUUUACCAAUUCGGUGAAGAAAAGCAGAUUAUCCCACCAACAAAGCCAACAGAGGGAUGGAAGAAGAACGUUGCUGUUCAUCAGGCCCUCUUCGAAAAGCUUCAGUCAUUGAUCAACCAGAAACAGUAA